GUAACUAUGGAAACCUCUCCAUACAAGUCGCCAUUUUGGAUUUUGAGUUAAACACAAAUCGUAGACGACUUCUUGCUAUUUUUCUCACCAAAAUAACACCAAACCGUGAAAUCGGUUUGCAGAAAAGAUGGCAGAGAAUCCCGAAGCUACCGGGACACAAGAAUCCGGCGGAUACGAUUACAAAAGACUCCACAGUUUUCCGUUAAUUCGAUACUCGGAUAUGAAUGAUGAAAUGCGGACAGAGGCAAUGGAGUUGUGUGUAACUGCGUGCGAAAAGUUUUCAAAUAACAACGAGACUGCUGCAAAAAUGAUUAAAGAAAGUAUGGAUAAAAAGUUUGGUGCUUCAUGGCAUGCUGUCGUUGGGGAGGGAUUUGGAUUUGAGAUCACCCAUGAAGUCCGUAAUCUGCUGUACAUGUUUUUUGGUGGGACAACUGCUAUUUGCAUAUGGAAGUGCUCUUGAACAUUGUAGACAAGGAAGAAGGGUUUAACACUAUUUGCAAUGGUUGUACUCCUUGCUAAAAGAUGGUCUCCACAGAUAUAAUGUACAAAAUACAAUGUACUGUGUUUAAAAUGUUUUAUUUUUAAAUUCAAAUUUGUAUUUACAAAUGGCACAAUCUCUUGACUUUCCCAUAUAUUAUUUUUUCUCUUUAUACACCAAAUGUCAUUUUGUACCUUCUAUUUUCAAAUAAUACUUUAGAUUUCAUAGUAACAAUCUCACAAAAUGUAAAUAUAGGUAAUUACCAUUCUUCUGUAUUAGGUUGUAAUCAUGUUUAUGUAAAUAUAUCAUGUUGUAUUCUGUAAACUCUUUGUAAAAUAUAUAUAUUACCACAAUUUGGUGGGGAUUAAAUAAGUUUAGACAUUACUGUGAA